CUGGCUCGCAAGGCUCCAGCUGCAGUGCAGGGUGGCCGUGGAGAGAGCCACGGCCUCAGCAGAGACAGGUGCAGCGACGCCCGAAGUCUGCCGUGCAGGGCGACCUCGUUAGACACCCCUCACACCGCUUCCAGCGGUGGACGGGGCUGGGGCACGAUGGAGGGCACGCGCAGUGAGUGCCCCCCCUGAAACUAAAGGAAGUCCGACGACGUUCGCCAGACACGGCAUCCACAUCAGUCUACUGAGGGAAGCGUGCGCCUGACCACAAAUCACACGUCACCGCGCCGCUCCUCUGGGCGCGCCUGGGCAAACGAAACCGGCACCGCUUCAAGCCUCUCGGCAAACCUUGCGUCCGAGGCGAAGAUUGCCCCAGUGGCCGAGGCGCCCUCCCAAAACGGAAGGCCGCGCGUCGGAACAAACGGCGCGGCCAGACCAUGGACGGGCCGCAGUUGCCCAUCCUUACUAUGCGGGCUGUCUGUACCCCAGCGGUAUGGCCGGACAGCGCCCUCCCCCGUGCAUAUAGCAUGAGGGUUCUGAGCGCGCGAGUCGCUUCUCUGGGGGCGUAACAUGCACGGUAUGAGUACGUUUGGGUGCCGCCGAGUUGAGGUGGUGCACAUGCUCAACGCUGAUCGACGGGGUAGCUGUCAGCAUCGCAGUUGAAGAAUCUUGGUGCGAUCUAGGUCAAAAUGCUGCGGGGCAGGCCAGCGGUGAGAUGUCGCUGCCGCGUCAGCACUGGACACCCCCGCGACGACAGGCAGCCGACGCUCUGCCUGAAAGCAACGCCCGCGGCGGCGGGGGCUGGGGGCCGGAUGACGGCCGCCGUUGGGCGGGCGACGAAUUUGUCACAGAUCAUCGUAGGACAAAGGCAGGACGAGGAUUGACGCGUGAGGAGGAGAAGGAAAGGAGGAGGAAGAAGAGGGAGGAGGGAGGAAGGAGGACCCGUGCCACCUCCUGGAGAUCGCCUCUAAGCGGAAGUGGGUGAUGAUUGCAGAGCUGGUUGUGGCGCGCAUGCGACCUUCCGAGGGAGACGUCGUCCAUCAUCGCGACGAAGGCAACGGGGUCGGCUAUCAGUGACGGCGUCGGCACCUUCACUGGAGCACGAUGCAAGCGCAAAUCAGGGCCAGGAGAGCGCAGAAUUGACAGAAAAACCGGCUGUGAGAAAUGAAACGCCGAGACGGAUGGCAAAUUCGUUACGCCUCGCGCAUCCAAACUUGCCAAUGCAGAAACGAAUCUCAGUCAAGCUGUCGCGAGAAAGGCCUACCAGAACAACAACUGCAAACAUAAGCUCCUUGAGGUCCGCGCGGACUUCAAGACUGUCGCUCAGUCUGGCCUUCAUGCGCCUCCAGUAGCUCGCAGUGGUUCUCUGGCACCCCUACUUGGCCGAUUCCGGAAACCCUGAGCA